CUCGAGUAUGGCACCGCUAGUCCGCCUCGCGACCCCUGCCUCCUCCCCCCUCGCUCUCUUGUUCCCCCAGCCACCGCGAGGAACUCUGAACCCCAUUCCCCACCACCGUACCAAUCCCCGCAUCUACGCCGCUCCCCCCGCCCCCUGUCAACUACGCCAGGUCCUCGCCAUCGAUGUCGCCCAAGCGUGUCGUCCUCGCCCCCGACCUCGGCGUGCGGGAUUCGGUACCGAAAGAAGAGACAGGAGGAGAAUACAAGCCCUCAGCCUCGGUGUUCCCCAUUCACCACUCAGGCGCAGUCCAUCGCUCCUUCGACGAGGGCUCCAGCGACUACGGCUCCAUCGCUCCUCAUGGUGAUGCCGCCGAGGGUUGUCCUACGAAGCCGUCCGCGAUGCCGAGGGUUGUCCUACGAAGCAGACACGCCCUGCGGCUGCCCACACAAAGGGUUUGGUUCUUGUUCCUCCAAGCUACUGCGCGUGUGCUUCCACAUUCGGCACAGUGGGAGCCCUCAUGGCAGCAGACGACGUGUGACUCCAGACUCGGCGUAGACGACCCACAAGGAGCUGCUAAUGGCGGAGGCUGAGCGCCGCCAUGGAUCUGACACGGUGUGGAAUGGGAGGAGCCGAAGCGGAGAUUGGAUCAAAGUGCACUGGGCAGGAGCCAAGCAAAUCGUGAGUAUUUUUGUUUUGUGGCUUUGAGUAUUUGGAUCCCCGUAUUCCCUCCCUAUUGUGCAAAAUUAAGCACCUGAACCCUAAAUUGAGCUAUUUGUAUUCGAAUCAUUCUUAUUCCCUCCCUAUUGUGCAAAAUUGAGCUAUUUGUAUUCGAAUCAU